AUUUGUUGGAUUAUUACUAACAUUUUGUACAUUCAAUCAUUUUUUUGGGGGUCGUCGAAAUGUCACAGUUAGAGUACUUGCACAGCAGCUGCAAUAAGAGGAGGAAAAGGUCAUCUGCUGAUCAAAGGGUUUUUAGGUUCAAGUCGUUCUGUGAACCGGGUUACCCUACUCAGUUUGAGGGUCCUUUUUGGAAGAAUGUCAGAGCAUUACUUGAAUUUGGGCAUAUGGAGAGUAUUCAUAGUACCAAUGGUAUGAUAAGCUGGUCUUUUCAGCUAGAAGUUCAUCGUCAUAGACCUGAUCACCGUGUUUUUCUGUUUGUUAUCGAGGAGCCAAUUGAAACUUCUAACUACCUCUACUGUAGACACUGUCGCUAUAUAGGGUGGGGACAGCAUAUGAUCUGCAACAUGAAGUAUCACUUUGUAGUUCCCUCCAAGGAAACAGCAGCAAUGUCAUCAACAUGUUUGAGCUGCCAAGGGAACUGCUGUACUGAUGGUACGAUUUUAGCAGCAAGAUGCGGUACUAAAUCUUGCAGCUUGGUGGAAUUGGAGGGUCACACUUUGCAUGGAGUGUUCCACUGUAAUGGCUUUGGACAUUUGCUCUGUGUAAACGGCCUUGAAAUGAGUUCAGACUUGACUGGUCACCAGGUCAUGGAUUUUUGGGAUCGGAUCUGCACUAGCUUGCGUGCCAGGAAAGUGAGCCUGACAGACAUAUCUCAGAAGAAGGGCAUGGACUUAAGACUACUUCAUGGACUAGCAUACGGAGGGCCUUGGUUUUCGCGGUGGGACUACAAAUUCGGACGUGGAAGCUUUGGAGUUACAGAAUCCAUGUACCAAAAAUCAAUCCAGGCCUUACAAAACAUCCCCUUAUGCCUUCUUUUCCACCACUUAAGCCCCUCAGACAAUUACCUACCAAUCAUAUAUUCAAGGUACCAAUCCAUAUCUGAGCAUUCCUUAGUAACCCUUAGUGACCUUUUCCACUUCAUGUUAGAGCUCAAGUCCCGCCUCCCAAAAGAGACCGCUCCCUCUGAGUUGUUCAACCCUGGUAUCCUUCUAGAAGCUUCUUGUAGGUGGUCCCCUAAACGGGUUGAAAUGGCCACUCGUGUCAUAGUUGAGUCUUUAAAACGGGCUGAGCCCAAAUGGGUCUCAAGACAAGAGGUCAGGGAUGCAGCUAGGGUAUACAUUGGUGAUACAGGACUGUUGGAUUUUGUGCUAAAGUCACUUGGUAAUCAUGUUGUGGGUAAAUACCUUGUUCGCCGUAGCUUAAAUCCUGUAACCAAAGUGCUUGAAUAUUGUUUGGAAGACAUGUCAAUUAGCCAUGAUCAUAGUCUGAUGUUGAGGGAAUCCAAGUCUAAUAUGAUGACAGUAACUAGGGUUCAACUCGCGAAGGACAUCAUGUACCUCUACAAAUCCACACUAAAAGAGAGGAAGGCUACAUCAGGUUCAGGAAGCUCGAUUUUAAUAGCUAGCAGGGUUGUUCUUGACAGUAAACACCUUAUUAAAGAAUUUAAUUAUCAUCAAAACGUUCAAUCCACGAACAAAUUCAGCAUAGGGGAGGAACUAGUUGAUCUGUUCUGCACUCUGCAGCUGAAAGACAAGCAAAUUAUACAGCCUUAUGAAAAUGUUAAAGUAAAAGGAAGCAUGAUUAUUGAAGAGUUGAAAAGGGAAGUUGAAAAAUGGUUCAAAGAUUUGUAUUGGGGAAUGAAAGGAUUGGUGGUACAGUCAAUUAUGAAUGUUACUGCAAAUGACACAGAUUUCGUUUUUGGAGUAAUUGAAGAGGGAAAAGAUGUCAUUUUUGAAGCAGGAUUUAUAAGUGAUGGGAACGGGAAUGGUAAUGGGGCGGUAAUGCAAGGAUGGAACAUGUAUGAACUUGGAAAUUACUGUCAUAAUCAAGGUUAUGGUUGCAUAGAUUGUGCCUGUGGAGCUAAAGAGGAUGACGGCGAGAGAAUGGUUGCCUGUGAUAUUUGCGAAGUCUGGCAGCAUACGCGGUGUGUCAGGAUUCCGAACAAUGAAGAAGUUCCAAGGAUAUUUCUUUGUGAUCGUUGUGAGCAAGAUCUUAUCUUGUCCCCUUCUCUGAUUAUGUAGGUACGUUGUUACAUGAUAGUAUUAGUAUGUACGGAUUACUACAUAUCAGUUAAGUUUAAGCAUGCAGUGGAGGCAUAAAACUGUGUAUGUUGUGACAUAAUUCACACUAGAAGAGUGAAUAUUAUACCGGUUUGCAGACAGAGCAUUGGUUAUAUUUUUGUGAGUUACAAUAUAAUACUCCCUUUGUCUGUAAUUAACAGUCACAUAUAUAUAAGCCUCGUUUGGUAAUAA